AUGCAAGAAGUGCGGGAAUCAGAGGCAGUGCCAGAGUCAAUUGCCAAGACGAAGAGAAACCUGUUAAACAUCGAUUUCGUCAUAAAAAAGCGGGCUGCGGCAGCCCUAAAGUCGCUGGACCAUAGUGACCAUUAG